GACGCAGGGGCGGGACAGGGGGCGGAGCCUCGGCCAGGCCAGAGUAGCGGAGGAGGCCCAGGCCCGGCAGGCGAGUGUCGGGGCAGGUAGGCGGCAACGGCGGCGGUCUAGUCGCUGGAGAGAGCGCCGGACAGGGCUUAAGCCCCAGGCCUGCAGACUGCACUGGGAAGUCUCCGGACUCGACUCAGCCCGCGGCCCAGCCCAGGGUGCCGAGGGGGUGGACGGGGCCCUACCCGGGACACGCGGCUUGGAUUUCGGCUGGAGCCACCCGGCUCCCACCUAUCGGAGAGGGCGUGGAGGCCGGGAGACGCGGGCCAGUGGGUCUCUAUAGUAAAACUGGAAGAAAAGUAAAAAAUUCAGGAAUGGCUGUCGAAGAAUUUCAGUCCAUAAUAAAUAGAUGUCAAACCCUAGAAGAGGAGGACUUCAAAGAAGAAGAUUUUGGCCUCUUUCAAUUAGCAGGCCAAAAGUGUUUAGAAGAAGGGUGCAUUACUCAGGUAUUAGACAUUUUAGAAAAUGAAAAGAACAAGGUUAUCAUCAGGAGUAUGGGUUGGAAUCUUGUUGGCCCAGUUGUUAGAUGCUUUUUAUGUCAUAAAGAGGAAGUUGAUAAAAGAGAAAAAUGUUUGAAAAUGCUUGAUUUGCUGGUAAAGCUCUGUCAUCCAAAGGAGCUGCUUCUGGGUUUGCUUGAACUGGUCGAGGAGGCCUCUGGAAAUCAGAUCUCUGAGAUCCUUCUUCUCUUACUCGAGCCACUCCAGACAGUGAUUCAGAAACUUCACAGCAAGAAGGCCUAUUCAGUCGGAUUAACUCUGUCAACCCUGUGGAGCCAGCUUUCUCUUCUCCCUGUUCCUUACACAAAAGAACAAGUACACAAAGACCAGCAUGGUCUUGCACGGUGUUGCAGGGCCCUGGUCACAUUUACUAGACCUUUUGUGGAAGAAGUUGUUAAAAACAAAGGUCACCCCCUGGAAAACAGUCAGGAAGAGCUAAAGGCAGAACUGCUAAAAUUUUGUUUCAAAAGUUUGAAAUAUCCCUUGCUAACAGCACAGUUCAUUGAGGUGCUUGAAGAAAAUGAAGAAGAUCCUUUAAAAUCUUUCGCAACUGAAAUAGUAGGCUUUAUAUUAGCAAUUGGAGGCUCUCUGCCAAAGGUCAUUUUUCAGCAUGGAAGGAAGGAAAAGUGCUGGGAUAACCCUGACUGGGAGGAAGAGGAGGGGAGCCAGUUGGCAGAGUCCAUGGCUUCGCUCGCUUAUCUAGUGUUUGUGCAGCGGAUCAGUAUUGACCAGUUUCCACUGGUCUUGAGCCCAUUAUAUCUUCUGCAGUACAAUAUGGAACACAUUGAAGUCCUCUUGAAAAGAGCUGAAGAAUCUGUGUCCUCAAAAGGAUUGGACCUGUUGGAGAACAGCUUGUUACGCAUGGAAGACAACAGCCUGCUCCACCAUUACUUAGAGAUCAGGAGCUUCCUCACCGUGCCUCAGAAACUGGUGAAAGUAAUGACCUUUUGCCCCAUUGAGAAUUUGAGGAAAAAAGGUUUAAAGGUGCUGCAGCUGUAUAUAGACAAGCUGAAUUCGCAAGGCAAGAACAUUUUAUUUAGGUGUUUAUUGAAGACCAGUAAUCAUGCUGGUGUGGAAGGCUAUGUCAUUCAGAAUAUAAAAAACCAGAUUGAUGCCUCAUUAAAGAGAGCAGAGGACAGGAAGUGGUUUACAGGGCCCCAGCUGAUCUCACUUCUCGACCUGGUGCUCAUGCUUCCUGAAGGAGUGGAAACAGACCUGCUCCAAGAUUCCGACAGGAUCAUGGCUUCAUUAAAUUUGCUGAGGUAUCUGGUUAUCAAGGAUAAUGAAAGUGACAAUCACACUGGAUUAUGGACAGAACUUAAGAAGAUUGAGACAAAUUUCUUAAAACCACUACACACAGGACUUAAUAUGUCAAGGGCACAUUACGAAGCAGAAAUUAAGAGUAAAAAAGAAACCACACAAGAAUCUCAUAACCCUAAAAAUCUUUGCCCAGUAACGGUUGGUGGAGAGAAGAUUCCUAAUGUUCCUAACAUGACUCCCGAAAUGCAACUUCAGGUUCUCCAUUCAGCUCUUUUCACAUUUGAUUUAAUAGAAAGUGUUCUGGCCCGAGUAGAAGAACUCAUUGAACUGAAAACAAAACCUACAUCUGAAGAAACGGGUCGGCUGAAAUGAAGCCUCCCUGCUUGAAAAGCUGCAGCAGCUGUAGAAACAGUGAAAUCUGUUUUGUUCAAUCUAUGUGGAGACCUUCUUACUUUGAUGUCUUUUUUAAAAAAGUUUAUUUCAGUCACUAGGCACUUGCUGCUAGAAAAUAAA